UGUCAAUGGACGAUACGAUGGAAAAGAGGACUACUUCCAGAAAGCUUUGGUGUAAAUCUCUCGCCACCGGUCGCAGCCAGCGACGGCGCGCGGGCCCAAAGGAUCCUCGAAGACACCACGGUGAAAGUGGGGCGCCGCUACCAGACUCUGGAAGGACGACCACUCUGUGCUGCGUACAGACGGCUGAUCAACGUCGAGAAGAAGUUGAAGCGCAACUGGCAGUUGGCGCUGGAAUACGAUCAGAUCAUCAAGGAUUACGUAUCCAAAGAAAGCUGCAGUCGGAUGAGGUCGUGGUGAAGGGCGACAAGCCAUGGUAUUUGCCACAUUUUGGUGUCGAAAACCCGAACAAGCCCGGUAAGGUCCGGUUUGUGUUUGAUGCUGCAGCCAAGGUUGGAGGAACCUCGCUAAAUUCGGCGCUGGUCAAGGGACCUCAACACUACAAGCCCUUGUCAGCCGUGCUCUUCCACUUCAGGAAAGAAGCAGUCGGAGUCUGCGGUGACAUCAAGGAGAUGUUCCACCAAGUGCUGAUCCGACAAGAGGAUCGAUGUUACCAACGAUUCCUUUGGAGAGAUGGUAACGAUGAUCGAGACCCAGAUGUGUACGAGAUGAACGCAAUUACGUUUAGAGCAGCCUGCUCGCCGAGCACUGCGCAUUACGUGAAGAAGGUAAAUGCCCUGAAGUUUUUGGAUUCAGAUCCGAGGUCAGUCAAGGCCACCAUCGACCACCAUUACGUCGAUGACCAUGUGGACUUUUUCGAAAUGGUCUCGAGAUGAACGCAAUUACGUUUAGAGCAGCCUGCUCGCCGAGCACUGCGCAUUACGUGAAGACGGUAAAUGCCCUGAAGUUUUCGGAUUCAGAUCCGAGGUCAGUCAAGGCCAUCAUCGACCACCAUUACGUCGAUGACCAUGUGGACUUUUUCGCUACGGAGAGCGAAGCUAUGGAGGUAAUCUCGUCGUGCACCGAGUGCAAGUUGCAACGGACGCGGCCGAUGCCGCCGAUAAUGGGACACCUUUCAGAGGAUCGCUUGGAAGCGGGAGGAUGGCCAUUAAAGCUGAACUGGACUACUUUUGGCCACUGCUGGUGACUGUUGCCCGUCACAGAGAGAAGCGUUGGGUCGUUGGAGCUUGAGCAUGACCUGUCAACGGAUUCCUGCAUAAUAGCGAUCAGCAACUUUGUCUGCUGUAGAGGACAAGUACGUAAACUGCGGAGUAACAACGGCAAGAACUUCGUGGGAGCUGACAGGGAGCCCAGACGAUUUGGAGAUGUGUUCAAGACGGAGAGGAUACAGAGGUGGCAAACGACCUGCUCAAGGGAGCAGCUAACCUGCCGGAUACGCCUGGAUUGGAUGCGGAGCUGCCCAAGGAGGGUUCUACGCGAAAGCAGUGGAGGAUUGCUCGCAUCCUGCGAGACCAUUUCUGUAGGAGGUGGGUCAUGGAGUUCCUGACUAGGCUUGUGCGCCGCGAGAAGUGGUGCCGGAGAACGGAGCCCAUCCGCCAGGUCUUCGUCUGCGAUCCUGCCGUGCCAUGACGAGAGUGGCGCAAGGACAUCGUGGAGGAGAUCUACAGCGGAGCUGAUUGAGUCGUCAGACGCGCCGCUGUGCGCGUGAAUGACAAUGGCCUAUCUCAGACAACGUUGCGGCCCGUCUCUAAACUUGCAGUUUUGGAUUUGAAUGAAGCGGUUCUUCACGGGGUCGGGGAUGUCGACGGUCGAGCAUUGUAAUCGAUAGGCAGAAUCAGUAUUGGUAGGAAAAUGUAGUAUUUCUUAAGUUAUCCGAUCUUCACAGCCACGGCCAUAUGCCCUAAAAGUUACUCCCAUUCUUUUGGACCUACGCGUGUGGGGAGCCGUUAAAGACAAAUCCACAUGAGGCAAGACAUCCUCGGAUACGAGGAAUUAAAGCUCCACCACCGAAUCCGAGUGAUCGAUCAAGUCUAUAUAUUGUUUACCUUCUAGGAAAAAUUUCGGAAAUAAAAAUAACCUAUGUUUCAGA